AUAUUCAAGUGUCAAGGUUUGCCGAAAGCUCGCGCGAAGCAAUGGUGUGCCAGGGAAGAAGGCGACAGGCCUUGUGUCUGCUGGGCCUCUGGAGCCUCUACCUCCGAACCGAGGAGCAGCCUGGGCAGACCUGCUUUGCCUUGGCCGGUGCUGUGUCCGGGGUCCCCGGUGCAGCGCACCUGGUGCCGGCAAUCCUUCCACCUGUUUUUGGUUCAAGGUCUUCUCGCAGCCGGGCGAAGCAGGCGAACGAGCGAAGCCACAGUCCGUCUCGCUUUGCCUUGGCCGGUGCUGUGCGCCACGGGUGGAGAGACCCGCGCGUGGUGCAGAGACCGAGGCCGCGCAUUGUGCGACAGAUUCAAACCUAUGACGCCUUUGAGAACAUGGGGAACCCCUUCGAUGUCUAUGCGACCUUCUUCGGGCUCUCGGUCGUGAUGUUGGUUAUUCUCUUCGUCUUUCCCUUCGCCACCAACUUCGGGCGUACCGAUGACAAGGAGGAGGAAGAUGUAGAGCUCCUCUACGAGGAGGUCGACGACGAGGAGGAUGACAAGGAGGACCUCUAUGAGGAAGAAGAUGAGACACCGGACGAAAAGGUGAAAGCCGUCGAGAAGGAGGUGAAGAAACAGGCGACGACGGCGAGCCAAGUGGCCCCCUAGGCGGGUUUCCGCCCGCCCCGUUAAACGGCCCGGGAGAGACCUUUCGGCGCCGAGAGGGGGUGUGUUCUUCGGGAGGUCGGCGCCGCGUUGAACGCACCGCUGCCGGCGCCUCCGACCAGGGAAGACACCCUUUCCAUUCCUUCGGCCGGGGAAGAGCGGACCCGUUGCCUUUCGGAAGACACCGAGGAUUCGAGCGAUUCAACGAAGGAGUCGAAUCCCUCGAUGCCAAAGGGCGAAGAUGUUGGCAUCACUGGCCAUGACUUACUCCCCUAGGCUUCCAACAACC